AUGGUCUCUACGGAACAGAAGAAGCCCUCCUCUCCGACGCUCUCGAAGCUGACACUCGAGUCGACGGCGCCGCAGCCAACCCUCACCUCGCUCCAGAAUGCGAACAGCAACAGCACAAUGGAGGUGACAGACGCAAUCAGCGUGUCGUCAGGGACCACCAUCACCGUCGCCACUGGUGCAUCGGCCCGCAGCUGCUCACCGUAUGUCUCCCCCUACGCAGUAGGUUUGGACAGUGUGGGCGCGCCGCAUGAUGUGGAGCCCGAUGACCUCGUGACCGCGCUCGCAUCCUCAGCGCGUAACCAAGGCGAUCUCUCGCCUUCGGAGUCAAUGAUGGGCGGGUCCCAUGUGGCGGAGGGACCUCCCGUCCAUCCCCCCCGGGCCUUGCCAAAGCGAAAGUAUCCGAAACUGCUCACUCAGCUAGCACGAGAGAUCCGCUGGAUGCACAAGAACCUGCGCCACGGGCACAACAGCAACGUCACGCCUCGUGUUAGCUGCAUUUACGGUGCAUCGCCGAGCCCGAGUAGCCUCUCCUCUGGCUCCACGUGCAUCGGCGAAGACAGCGAAGACCUGCUCUUCACGACCAGCUUGCGCAGCUCGAUACGGCGCUCCUCCUCUCUGCAAAGCGCGAUGAUGAGCCACGGCGGCAGCAGCCCCACGCACCGUACACGUGGUGCAGCAAGCAGCACGAAACUAUGCAGGCGCACGCCCGAAAGUGGUGAGGUGGAGCAGGUGCAGCCUGCCGCGUUACCAGAGGUAACGCCCGACCCAUACGCGCCGCCUUCGUGCCAGUACGUGCUGCGGGACCUCGCAUUUGUGGCUCCGGGGGGCGACGUGUUUGGGAGUGCCCGCAACAGCAGCUCCGCUAGCUCUGUGAUGUGCGCGGCGUCCGGCGGUAGGGUUGACAGGGCCGCGGCAGCUUUUGGGACUACCUACGUGGCCGAGUCCGCCUUCUCGCUCGGCAAGGACAGCAGCAUGAAGGGCCACGGUGACUCGCCGAGCGCGGUUGAUUUUGGCAGGGACGACACCAGCGAUGUGGAGGCAGUGAGCAAUGUCGCCGCCGGCCCCUCAGACCGAGGAGGCCUCACGGUAGACUGCGCUCGUUUACCAUCGGGCAUCCACGAGGGUGCGCAGACGGGCAGCGAUGCGGCAGCUAGCGGCGACUCGUACCAGGUAUUUUUGAGCAGCGUCGUCGACCUGCAAUGUCGGCUGCACAACCUGGAGCAGCAGACGGCGAGGCUGCGCGCACUCUAUGCGCAGGAGCGGCGGGCACGUCUGCGCUUCAAGGGCAAAGGUCAGCAUCUGAGUUGGACACGCACCGUCGAGGCUGCCAACACGAUCCACUUCUGGCGCCAGAAAGUGAGUAUUUUGCGUCUCUUUGAGUCGCAGUAUCUGAGUGUGCUGAAGUCGUUCCAGCACGAACUGCAGCUCGUCGAUCCGAAAGCAGAGAAGGCACAACAACUCAGACGCUCGCCGGCAAGCGCCGCUGCAGAGCCUGGCGCCACGGCAGGCGUCAUGCAAGCCCGCCGCACAUUUCUUUCCUCGUUGCAGGUGAUUGCAGUGCAGGAGCAGCAUCUGACGAAGCUUGGUGAGCAUAUGGAGGCGUGCUGGAAGGCGAACGCUGUGCUGCGAGAGGAUCUGCGCCACUUGGAGCAGUGCGAAGUGCGCGUGCCACACGAUACCUUCGCCACGGCAGGCAUGGAUGUCGAGCACUUUAUUGCUUCACUACCACCGCGGACAUCGGUCUGCGGCCUCCACAGCGUCCUCUCGCACGCCUCUGUGCACUCUCUGGACAGCCUCGGCAGCACAGAGACGCCGAUGCUGCUGACGGCUCAGAACUUCUCCUUCAUGUCGAGUGGCGGCGAUGGUGAUGACAACAUCGGCAACGCGGCAAGCACAGACAGCAGAGCUACGGGUGCGCACGGCAGCGGAAGCAAUGGAAGCUCACACAGCGGCCACCACCCCACGUCCCCCUCCCCGUGCGGCGCCAACGCCUCGCCCUUCAUAUCAAAGCGGCUAAAGUACGUCAUCCGCUCCGUCGCGCUCGACCAUGAAGAGUGCGGGGGUGACAGCCUCAGCAGCCGUAUCGCGUCGUCCUACAUCGGCUCCUCGAUGCCGGCCACCAACUCGCAAACGCGACGACGCAGCGAGCGCCAUGUGACAUUCGCGCUGGAGCCGGAGGUGCUUGACGCGCGCCCUCGCUUCAGCGCCUACAGCCGCACCGUAGAGCUGCUAGAGCAGAUUUGUCUGGACAAGCAGUCGCCGUGGAAUGCGUUGUCACUGCUGCAGAGUGCUCUGGAAGAGCGUCGUGGUCAGCUGGCGCAACUGCGCGGGCAGUGGGAUGGGGCCCUAACAGGCGAAGCGCCGACCCUCACGUCAAGCGUCACGCCGAAGCCGUGCACGAUCACCACCUCCAGCGGCGGCGGCGCCGUGUGCCACUCACGCGAUAAAACCACGGUGCCGUCACCCAAGUCGUUUCCAUCGGCCACCACAUCAACGUUGAUGACAAAGGGGAAAAGCAGUCGAUACAGCAAGGUGAAGCCGAAGGCGUGCACAACGUGCUCCGCUAUGUGA